UGGCACCUCUACAGCUGCCAUAUAUUGUUAGUAUCAUAAAACCCGAUUUACCACUUCUGCAGCUGUGUUUACGUUAGCCGGUGGUCAUGACUCUCAGUUCCACUACAUUACACAUAAUAUUCAUUGGACGAAGGCGUAUUCUGUAUGGGGGAUGUUAUCCGCGACGCAUCGCUUGCGGUACGGUUUUGGAAAACAAAAGGUUAUAUUGAUACACGCCUUUUUAUAGGAAUAUGGUUCCCAUAUGGCCAUAUUUCCAUGUUACAGCGCGUGUUUACCGGAAAACAGACGGGAGACCGAGUGGACUACUUGUGCUAAUUAGCUAUCUGCGUUUCCAAACACUGUAUGUGUAAACGGAAGACAUAUGCCACAAACGUGUUGUCUUAUCACUGAAAAAUACUGUCGGCUGCUGUGUUAAAAGCGGUUAAAACAGUGUACAGUGUGAGAGCUUCCAGUGCUGGGACAGUCCGUCCGUGUGUGUGUGUCUGCGCAGGUGUGUGUCAGUUGACUGGCACAGCGCGGAAUGCAAGAUGCUGCUCUCCCUUGGGAUGCUGAUGCUGUCUGCCACACAGAUCUACACCAUCUUCACCGUGCAGCUCUUCGCCUUCCUCAACCUGCUGCCCGUUGAGGCCGACAUCUCUGCCUACACAUUUGACAACAAAACGGGUACUUUUGAUGACCUGCCUGCACGCUUUGGGUACCGGCUGCCCAGCGAUGGACUCAAGGGCUUUCUGAUUGGUGCACGGCCCGCAAAUGCCUGCGAGCCCAUCGACCCACCCCCUAUCCGGGACAACCUCACUGGCGCCUUCAUCGUGCUCAUCAAGCGCUUCGACUGUAACUUUGACAUCAAGGUGCUUAAUGCCCAGAAGGCCGGGUACAAGUCGGCCAUUGUUCACAACGUGGACUCUGAUGACUUAAUCAGCAUGGGAUCCAAUGAUCUGGAUAUUUUGAAGCAAAUCGACAUUCCAUCAGUGUUUGUUAGUGAAGAGACUGCCAACUCCCUGAAAGAAGACUACACAUACGACAAGGGGGGUCAUGUGGUCCUCAUGCCAGACUUCAGCCUGCCUCUGGAAUACUACCUGAUUCCCUUCCUCAUCACCGUGGGAAUCUGCCUCAUCCUCAUCGUUGUUUUCAUGAUCACCAAGUUUGUCCAGGACAGACACAGGGCUCGGAGAAGCCGUUUGCGCAAGGACCAACUGAAGAAACUACCCAUUCACAAGUACAAGAAAGGCGACGUCUACGAUGUGUGCGCCAUCUGCCUCGACGAGUAUGAGGAUGGAGACCAGCUCCGGGUCCUUCCCUGCUCCCACGCUUACCACAGCAAAUGUGUGGACCCCUGGCUAACCAAGACCAAGAAGACGUGUCCCGUGUGCAAGCAGAAGGUGGUCCCCUCUGCAGGUGACUCCGACUCCGACUCGGAGGGCGACAGCGGGGCCGAGGAGAACGAAGUGUCUGAGAGCACCCCGCUGCUGCGUUCCCUGGCCUCCACCAGCGGCCACUCCUUCGGCACCAUGUCAGGGGCCUCUCGCUCCGAGCCUGAUCAGGAGUCCUCGGAGUAUGAAGACACCAGCGACGACAGCGAGGAGGACGUCACCGUGGAGACUGAGACGGUGGUGGUCCAGCUGCAGGAGCCUCGUCCCGAUGACCACGACGCGCCUGAUUGGUUGGCCUGAGUUGACGGACAGGACACCGGUUCCCCUGCCUCUCCCUCCCCACUCACCCUACAGGCUUGCAGCGGCAGAGACUCACGCUGGACGCGCAACCGAGAUUGUGUGUUUAAUUUUGAAGUCCCCGUUUAAUAAAAAUAAAUUUUUAUCUCUUAAGUUUAGAAUGCAAAUCACCAUAAUAAUAAGAUCGUUGUAUGUUUAACCUGAUUACUGAGCAGUGUCAUGGCGUGUUUUGGGCUAACUGACAACAUUGAUUUCACAGGAACAUUGCGGUCAGUAGACUGUAGUGUAUUGUACUGUAGUUCAGUCUGUAUGGGGUGGUAGUACACCGCAGACGUCCUCAGACUGUGGUUAUACUCAUCACCGUGAGAAAGGGCUCAACACCAACUACGAAGGAAUGCGUUGUGUGUAUAUAUAUAUAAUGUAUAGAUCACUAUGCGUAACAUCUUAAAACAUUAUUUUGAUAGCUUGCAUAUCUGUAUGCCUCUGUAUCAGAAGGUGAGGAGUUCUAAUAUUGUAUAUAUUCUUGCUGCUUGUAUAGAAAUAUCUUCAAGUAUUAUGCAGCAGCCUUUUAUAAAUUGAUUGAACUGACCUUUUUCCAUAAGACUAUAUAGAAAUGAGGCCAUGGGAACAGGGUUUUGUCAAUCGGUCUCGAGCCAGAGAUAAUGGAGUCAGAGAAGUACGAUUUGGAACGUUGAUAAUGCAAAGGCAAAAUGAAAACAAACUGUUUGUGGUGCUGCAUUCAGCCAAAGGAAGUUGUUUGUUUGCCCAAUGUUAUGCGUUUCCUCAGAAGUCAUAUGUAAUACAAGCAGAAUGGGGCUGGGAGACAGUUCUGUUCAUACCCACGUCUACACUGCUACAAGCAGCCUGUUGGCUUAAUCUAGACAUACCAGAGAAAUCAAUUCCCUGAAAUACAAGACAUCAUUGGUGGAUGAGUCUUGCAACAUGUAUUUGGUGUCAUAUCAUUUCAAUACUGUAAAUAGGUAGUUCUACAAGUAUACAGAACUAAAAUAUAAAACGCAACAUGUAAAGUGUUGGUCCCAUGUUUCAUGACCUGAAAUAAACAAAUCCUAGAAAUGUUUCAUACGCACUAAAAAAAAAUGUAUGUUUUGUGCACAUUUGUUUACAUACCUGUGAGUGAGCAUUUCUCCUUUGCCAAGAUUAUCCAUCAACCCACCUGACAGGUGUGGCAUAUCAAGAAGCUGAUUAAACAGCAUGAUCAUUUAAUGUUCAUUUCUCUACAAUAAGCUGCCUCCAACUUCAUUUUAGAGAAUUUUGCAGUACGUCCAACCGGCCUCCCAACCACAGACGACGUGUAACGCCAGCCCAGGACCUCCACACCUGACUUCUUCACCUGCGGGAUCGGCUGGGGGGGUAGGGGUGCCGAGGAGUAUUUAUGUCUGUAGUAAAGCUCCUUUGUAGGGGGAAAAACUCAUUCUGAUUGGCUGAGCCCCAGCCAUGUGAAAUCCAUAGAUUAGGGCCUAAUGAAUUUAUUUCAAUUUACUGAUUUACAUAUGAACCAAGUCAGUCAAAUCUUUGAAAUUGUUGCAUGUUGCGUUUAUAUUUUUUUCCCUAACAUGAAGUGUUUUAUGUUAAGUCCUGUUGCCUUUCCUUUUUAUUUGAUAUGUCUUGUACCAUGUCUCACCAGUGUCUACAUGCAAUCUAAUUUCACUUCAAUAAACAAAAAAACAUGUUUGUCAACAGAA